GUAUGUCUAUCUUCAUGAUCUGAAGUGUCUUUAUACACCUUUAAAACUUCCGUUUUUAAUUAACAUUCGUCGCAGUCUCAUUUCGAUUAGCCUGUCCUGUUUGAUUUUCACAUCAGCUAUAAAUCCAUUCACACACGAUGAGAUCGGAGAUCGGAACAUAACUGUGAGUGCAGCAUUAGCAGUCGGUACGCGCAUCUUCUUCACUUACACCCAGACAAGCGCUUGGACAGGGCUAUGGGUACUUUGAGGGACUUGCAGUUUGCACUGCAGCUGAAGAUCGAGGAGCUCCGCCAGAGAGACAGUCUGAUAGAUGAGCUGGAGUUGGAGCUGGACACCAAGGAUGAUCUCAUCCGACAGCUGCAGACAGAACUGGACCGCCAUCGCACCGCUCCUCAACACGCAGGGGCCACUGGGAGCACAGAGAACACAGGACCCGGGCUGUCCCCACCAGUGCCUGAUGAGCCGCAGAGGACUAAGAGACAGGCAAUAUCAGCAGAACCCACAGCCCUGGACCCUGCCCAACUCGCACACGUCACACUCACCAACUACAGCAAGAGUGAAGAGUCUAGAGAGCUGAUCCAUAGAGCUCUGUUGGAGAAUGAAUUCAUGAAACACCUGGAGCAGGGACAGAUUCAGACCAUAGUUGACUGUAUGCAUCCCACUCGUCUGGCCCGGGGCUGCUGUGUCAUACAGGAGGGAGACGACGGAUCUCUGGUCUAUGUGCUGGAGGAGGGAAAGGUGGAGGUGACUAAAGGGGAACAGAAGCUGUGCACCAUCAAUCCCGGGAAGGUCUUUGGAGAACUGGCCAUCCUCUACAACUGUACCAGGACUGCUACUGUUACAGCUCUAACGGACAUUAAGCUGUGGGCGAUAGACAGACAGGGUUUCCAGACCAUCAUGAUGAGGACUGGACUCAUUAAACACUCCCAGUAUAUGGAGUUCCUCCGCAGUGUUCCCUCCUUUCAGUCGUUGCCUGAGGACGUUCUUAGUAAGGUAGCUGAUGUUCUGGAGGAGACUCACUACAGUGAAGGUGAUUACAUCAUCAGGCAGGGCGCCACAGGAGACACCUUCUUCAUCAUCAGCGAAGGACAGGUAAAGGUCACGCAACAGAAAUCAUCCAAUGAGGAGCCAGAGUUUCUGACCACACUCUCUAGGGGGGACUGGUUUGGAGAGCAGGCGCUAAAAGGGGAGGAUGUUCGUACGGCCAGUGUCACAGCAGUAGGGGGAGUGACCUGUCUGGUCGUGGACAGAGAGUCGUUCAUGCAGCUGAUAGGAGGGCUUGAUGACGACAGCAGCAGACACAACGAGAGUGACGAGCUCAAGGCCAAGUUGGAGGCAGAGGCAGUGUUUUUCUCCAGCGUGUCUCUCAACGAUUUCCACGUCAUCUGCACCCUCGGAAUUGGAGGCUUCAGUCGCGUUGAACUGGUGCAGCUGAAGAGUGACACCAGCAGGUCGUUUGCUAUGAAGGUUCUGAAGAAGCGUCACAUUCUGGACACCAGCCAACAGGGCCACAUCCUCUCAGAGAGACGCAUCAUGAUGGACGCACACGGCCCCUUCACCGUCCGGUUGUAUCGGACGUUUAGGGACUCUAAGUAUCUGUACAUGCUGCAGGAGGCCUGUCUGGGAGGAGAACUGUGGACUCUACUGAGUGCCAGGGGUUCGUUUGAGGACGGCACCACACGGUUCUAUACAGGCUGUGUUGUAGAGGCUCUGGCCUUCCUCCAUGUUCGAGGCAUCAUCUACAGAGACCUCAAACCUGAGAACAUCAUACUGGACCAACGAGGAUACGCCAAACUGGUGGACUUUGGCUUUGCUAAGAAGGUGGGUCUGGGUCAGAAGACGUGGACGUUCUGUGGGACUCCAGAAUACGUGGCCCCAGAGAUCAUCCUGAACAAGGGACACGACAUCUCUGCAGACUGCUGGUCCCUGGGGAUACUCAUCUAUGAACUGCUCAGCGGCAGUCCUCCGUUCUCUGGUUCUGACCCUAUGAACACCUAUAACAUCAUCCUGAGAGGAAUCGAUAUGGUGGAGUUCCCCAAGAAGAUCUCCAAGAGUGCUGCCAACCUCAUCAAACGCCUCUGCAGGGACAACCCAUCUGAGAGGGUGGGGAACCAGAAGAAUGGGGUGAAGGACAUCCAGAAACACAAGUGGUUUGAAGGUUUCAAUUGGGAGGGCCUCCGACAGACAACUCUGGUCCCUCCUUUCACUCCUACUGUGGAGGGUCCACUGGACACCAGAAACUUUGACUGCUUCCCCGAUGACAGCGAGGCCCCGCCCCCAGACGAGGAGUCCGGCUGGGACCUGGAGUUCUGAUUGGACAACAUACAUUAUGUAGAACAGACAUGCCCUUUCUGACAUGUAGAUUAAGGCAUCGCGUCAGCUCCAAUAAUGGCAUUUCUGUCUGCGCCCUCCCCAAUGCGAACCUGGUUGUGCUAGGUUUAAAGUGUUGGGUUUACCAGGUGAGUUAGGAGUAUCUGACAGGUUACCAGGUAAGCUAAGUAUGUCAGGUUGUGGCUCUGCCAAAGUGCGCUGGGGGAGUCAUAGAACCCCUCAGGUAGCAGUGGCCAAUCAGCUGCUGCUGUCACCGACUCCUCCUCAUGAACAGUUUUCUACAAUAUAAUAAGAGUUUUUGGAUUUGUUUGUGUUCAUCUGUUUUGACUGGGGAGAUUGUUAGUUCCCGCAGUAUUUGGUCGUAAAAUAUAUAACCAAAAUAAAAAACAUCUAUCAAAAAACAUUCAAC